UGCCCAUCACAAAAACAAACAUGUUUUCUGGUAGUGACAUGACAGGAACUGUCCUGUGUGAAACCACAUAUAAACCAGAUGUUCACAGGUGUUGCAUUAUGAAGAGCUAAACAGUUUGCAGUUGGCAAGCUAAUGCACCAUGACCACACUUCAGCUAUUGUUUCCCACAAUACACACAGACAGACAUUUGUAAUGAUAUAAAUAACCUUCCUCGAUACUUGGCUUGUUGUCUGACUGUGAGCGACUGACUUUUCUGAUCUUCUCCUCUCAUCAUUGCUCCUGAACUUCUGGAAAGUAAAGAUAAAGAGACACACACUAUUCUCAGCAUCUGCUCUUCACUAGAUCUACAAGAUCAUCUGAGGGAUCUGAUUGAAUCAAGAUGCUGCUGAUCAUUGAAGCUCUUCUUCUCAUCUCAGCUGCUCUAGGACAGGAUCACAGAGCUGCUGUUGAAGGACAGAUAUUUCCACUGGAUAUGGCAAAUAAUUCAGUUGAUGAUCAAUAUAAGGGCUGUACAGAGAAAAUGGCAGCCCUGGUGAAGACAAAAUAUCUGAAGCAAGAAAUGUCUAACAACAAAUCUGAUUUUGCAGAUGCUUGGAAACUUGCUGAAAAGAAGUACAAGCCACCAGGAGAUAACUUGACAAAGAAUCAUUCAAUUGCUAUUUAUGUGUACACUAACUCAGGUUUUGAGGUAUAUAAGGAGUUUAAUGAAGCUGAUCGUAAAGACAAGAAAAGAUACAAAAACAAAACAUACAAAUGGUAUUCACUUCACUUUCUGUUAACAGAUGCGAUACAGAUUCUGAAGAAAACACAAAAGAAAUGCUAUACAACUUAUCGUGGUACAAAUCUUAAAUUUAUUCAGAAUUUUCGGAACAGAAAAGUUCGUUUUGGCUCAUUUACUUCUUCCUCUAUUAAUCGUAACAUAACAAAGUUUUUUGGCAAUGUAUCUUGUUUUGAAAUCCACACUUGUGAAGGUGCUGAGGUGUCAAAAUAUUCCAAGCUUCCUCAUGAGAAAGAGGUGCUGAUUCCUCCGUAUGAGAUGUUUAAAGUAACCGCUGUCAAGACAAAAGGUCAGAGAGGUGCUUGGUGUGACACUGUGUUCACUUUGAAAAGUUCUGGUGAGAGAAGUGACCUCAACUGUGCUCUAUUCAAGAAACCAUUCAAGACCAUAACAAAAUACUAUGCUGAGCAUUGAAUAGUGCUUUAAACGUCCACAUGAAUCAAUGUAAAAAUGUUUUUCUUUCGGUUUAGUUCAAUAAUAAUUGUCAUAAAACACAAUUUGUUCAUAAUAAAGUUCAU